AUGAGUAACAAAAACUGCCCAGCCCGUGGUCUCGCGGUGCUCCGAGAUCGCGCGACCGCUGAGCCUCCUGGGAAGUGUAGUUUUCCGGAAGGCAACCGUGCGACUCACCGGCAACUUUUCUCCGUGAAGCGGAGGAGUCUGAGAAGUGCCGUUCGGCCCUGUGCUUCGCCUGGGGCUGCCCGGCGUUUGUCUCCGACCCAGCAACAGUAUUCAAGGUCCUGGAAUCGCGCAGGACUCUGGGCAGCACCGUUCUGGCGAGGCAAGCGGCCUUUGUUCGCUACAGCUACACGGCGCGUCAGGUACUGCCCUUCUAUAAGAAGAGACCCUGGAAAGAGGACUGUGUCGACUAUUGGAAAUUGCAAAGUCAUGUUUCAGGUGACAUUUAGUGAUGUGGCCAUAGACUUCUCUCAUGAAGAGUGGAGAUGGCUCAAUUCUACUCAGAGGGAUUUAUACAAGGAUGUGAUGGUCCAGAAUUAUGAGAACCUGGUAUCCCUAGGUCUUUCCAUACCUAAGCCAUAUGUGAUUGCUUUAUUGGAGGAUGGCAAAGAACCUUGGAUGGUGGAGGAAAAGCUGUCAAAAGAUACAUUUCCAGAGAAUUUCUGCUGAAGGGAAGUCACAUAAAUGUGAUAUACUUAAGAAGAGUUUACCAACAAAUUCAGUUAUAAAAA